AUGUCAGCUUAUUCUGCAUCGAAAUAUGCGAUGGAAUCGUUUUCUGAUUGUCUUCGUCGUGAAAUGUUUCCAUGGGGGUUACGUGUUAGUGCUGUUGAGCCAGGAUUUAUGCAGACACCAAUUCUGAAAGGUCUAAAAUCAUUUCAAGAAAUUUCGAGUACGAUUACAAGCGAGGCUCAAGAACGAUGGGGAGAAGAUUUCCUCAAAAAUAGAUUAGAUGCUGAAAAAAAUAGCCUGUUCGUGAAACUUGCUGAAGAUCCGAUGAAAGUUGUUCGAGUUCUUGAACAUGCUGUCAUGAAUACGUCUCCAAAUAUUCGCUAUCGACCUGGAUGGCAAUCGAAUUUUUUCUUUCCACUAUCUUGCCUACCAGCUUCGACAGUUGAUUGGUUUCUCCGCAAAGUAACUGGCAUAUCUGCUGUUCCUCAUUAUGUCAAGAAACAACAAAAAGAUUGA